GAUUAUGCAGUAAUUUAUAUUCUUUUUGUUUUCGGAUAAUUAUUUCUUCAGGGUCUAUAAUAUUCAGUGUGGUAAUUUUCAGACUAUCAAACAGAAUACAAUACAUAUAUUUCAUACUUUGUUCAAACUAAACAAAAACAUUUUCUUAUAAAUUUAAACAUCUUGAAUGUAUGUAUUCUGAAAGCUUUCAUAGAUCUCAGCUACUGUACAUUUUGGUUGUUUGGUUUAGUUCAUGUCAAAUUAACAUCCUAUAUUUUUGUCAACUAUAUUGAUGUGGGCAAGAACUUUCAUAGAAAAGAGUCUAGAACAUUUUAUUUUAUUUCAGUCAUUCCUUCAAAACUUUGCAAAAGUGUUUAACACUUUCCCUAAUAGAGGACCACUGUUGUACUAAAGUGAUGCUUCUACUGUACUUUAAUAAUGGAUCUCUCACAAAUGACAUCAGUUAAUGGAAUAUGCUGAGUUCUAACAUACUGUAGACAUGAGUCCUUGAAAUAUAUUUUAGGCAUGUGCUCAAGUUGAGCCCCCUCCUUGUUCCAUGAUUUACACUUUUCCCUAUCUUUGGCUUCACUCAGGGUGGUGCUGUAAGUUAUUUCUCCAAACAGUACAGUACAGUACAGUGUCUGGCUGGUUAUUGACUGGAUAGUCCUUAGGAGUACUAAUGUUCCAGCUUCCAAACAUAGUGCCUGGCCAUAACGAAAGGAAUCAAAUCUUCACCUCAGAAAUGGACAAUUUUCAUUUAUGUCUGUCUCCAGGUGUUAUAUUGAAUCAAAAGACAAAACAAACUAAGGUCCCUGAUUCUUGUGAUAUUCAUCCAACCAUCAGGGGGCAAGAUCUUUGUAAUCUUUCUGGGAUUCGAAAGGAGCCCUGGUGACUGAUUAAGUGUCGAAUAGAACUAUUAUUAAUGGAGGAGUAUUAUGCUGAUUAGAUGGAGAAGGUGAGCAAGCAGAAGAGGAAGGCAUUGUUCAACAAAGUAGCGGCCCCUACAGCAUCACUGUGGUAGAACUGUCAUCUGAAAGCAACCUGCUAAAUUGCUUUGCACCAGCAGCAGCAGCCUCGGCACAUCUCCAUCUCGAAGUCUCCUCGCCUUGUGUGACACGGGCGAGCCUGUGCGGUUUUCCCAUGCGAACACGAAGCAACGGAAACCUGUUUUCUUCCCCAUGGCUGCGUAAAGAUGAGACUCCCCAGCUCCAUCUUUGUGUCCGUCUCGCUUUUCAUUGCCGAGACGACCGCUGCUGUGUACCUGAGCACCACUUACAGAUCUGCCGGGGACAAGAUCUGGCAGGGGCUGACUCUCCUCUUUGUGCUGGUGCCGUCGGUGCUGGUACAGCUCACCCUAACCUUUAUUCACCGAGACCUAAGCAGGGAUCGACCCCUCGUGCUGUUUCUUCAUAUUAUUCAGCUUGGGCCAAUUGUCAGGUGCCUGGAAGCUUUCUGGAUUUAUGGCAGCUCCGGUAAACUCGAGGAGCCAUAUGUCAGCAUUACUAGGAAGAAACAGAUGCCAAAGGAAGGCCUGUCAGAAGAGGUUGAGAAGGAAGUGGGGCAGGCUGAGGGCAAAAUCUUCACCCAUCGGGCUGCUUUUGCCAGGACGUCCGUAAUCCAGGCCUUCCUGGGCUCCGCUCCACAGCUCACACUCCAGCUCUAUAUCUGUGUGCUGCAGCAGGAGGUGAGCUGGGGAAGAGGGACGUUGAUGGUGAUAUCUCUGCUGUCAAUAGUGUACGGUGCCCUCCGCUGCAACAUUCUUGCCAUAAAGAUCAAGUAUGAUGACUACGAGGUAGACGUGAAGCCAGCAGCAUACCUGUGUAUAUUCCUCUGGAGGAGUUUUGAGAUUGCCACGCGAGUGGUUGUCCUUGUCCUCUUCAGCUCCGUGCUUCAGAUAUGGAUCCUGCCCGUGGUGCUGCUCAACUUCUUUGUCUUCUUCUUCUAUCCCUGGAUUCUCUUCUGGCAGAGCAAGUCUCCUUUCCCAGAGAACAUUGAGAAGACCUUGACUAGAGUGGGCACCACCAUUGUUCUGUGCCUUCUCACCUUUCUCUACGCCGGGAUCAACAUGUUCUGCUGGUCGGCGGUGCAGCUGAAACUCAACGACCCCGACUUGAUCAAUAAGUCACAGAACUGGUAUAGGAUGGCGGUGUAUUACAUGCUGAGGUUUGUGGAAAACGCCACGCUCAUUUUAUUGUGGUACGUUUACCAGACAGAGUUCUAUAGGUAUAUAUGCGCCCCUCUGCUGGUCUUGCAGCUUCUGAUUGGGUACUCCAUUGGCAUCUUUUUCAUGCUGGUGUUCUACCAGUUUUGUCACCCCUGCAAAAAGUUGUUCUCUUCUAGCAUUUCUCAAGGACUAUGGGCAUGCUCAAACUUUCUGUGCUUGCUUUGUAAACCACGAAAGGAAGAAGAAUCUACUGAUAGGAAGGCACUGGAGCCACCCAGUAUGACUGACAAAGACGUGGCCAAUGAUACCAUGACUGAGGCAAUGAAUGGGAAAAGCAGCCAAACUCUGUCCAGCAACCCUUAACAACAUAAGACAACCAUGGAGGAUAUCCCUGCUUGAGGUCUGAAAAGUUCUAACAACAAUGAAGAUAUACUGUAAGUCCAUCCCCCCAUCCAUUUUCUAACAUCUUUAUCCAAUUCAGGAUCCCAGGGAAGCCAGAGCCUGUCCCAGCAAGCAAUGGGUGCAAGGCAGUGUACACCCUAGACGGGAAACCAGUUCAUCUAAGGGCACAAACAGGCACACACUCGCACCAGGACCACUUUCCCCAGACGCCAAUUAAUCUACCAGUACUGUAUAUCUUUGUUCUGUGGGA